UUGUGAAGCGAAAACAAAUAGGAACGAAUCGUAUUUAAUAUUUUAUUGACUACUUGGAAAUUUAAAAAAAAGAAAUAAGUAUUACAAUACAAAUUAUGUGUUACUUUAUGCUGUGAAAUGUCGUCUAAUAGAGAAUCUGAUAAUAAUAUCAAUUAUAAAUCAAUAAGUUGUGAAAACAUCCCCGAGCUUUUUUUGGACAAGAUUGUAGCAAAAAAUCAUUUUAGCAAAUAUGGAAAAAUUAGUAAAUUUAUUUUAAGACCCAGACGUUUGCAAUGUACAGUGGAUUUCGAACAAGAAGAAGAUGCGAAAGCUGCUCUAAUGAAUGGCGGCUUAUUUAAUGGAUACGAAUUUAGCAUUAAAUACACUGAAAAUGGCAUUCCGCAAGUUCGCAAUACAGAAGAAUGGGUUGAUCCAGACAUUCAGUCAGAGCUUGAUGCUAUGGGGAGUGUUUCGCAAAAGCAGUAUCGGAAUGUUGGUUUUGGCUCCCAAUCUAUGUAUACAGGGAAAACUCAACAAUCAAUUUUGCGUUUGCCAAAACCUAUUUUGAAAAACAAAUCAAGUGUGAACUCAACGCAGACUACUACGAAUUCUUUUAAUAAUGAAAUACGUACUGCAGAAUCAAAUUUGCAAAAUGUACCUUUAAAAAAUGAAUUGGAAAACAUAAUGCAAAAACAAGCUUUGAAUUCCACAGAAAAGUACAACGUGCUAGAAGCUCGAGAUAAGUAUAUUAGACUGACAAUGUCUAAAACGAUUGAUCUGAAGAACGUCUCAAGUAUGAAAGGUAUUUGUCCAGAUAUGUGCCCAGAGAAAGAGAGGUAUUUACGAGAAACAAGAGACCAAAUAUCAAGUUUCGAAAUAGAAAAAGAUGGUUCGAUGAAUCAUAAAAUUGCAAUAAAAGAAUAUGCCCGUAGUAGCGCUGAUCAAGAAUCUCCCUUAGCACAUGAACUACGUCCAGAACCAACACUAAAAAUGACUAUGACGUAUUUAUUACAUCGCAUAAUGGAUUUGUGUGACGACGAUAACAUUGGUGUUGGUGAAUGGUUUCAUUUUGUAUGGGAUCGCACCCGAAGUAUAAGAAAAGAUAUAACCCAGCAGGAAUUAUGUAGUUUGGAUGUUGUUGAACUUAUUGAACAAUGUGCACGAUUUCAUAUUCAUUGCGCUGCACGAUUGAUAGCAGAAGAUCCUUCAGUUUUCGAUCAGAAAAUUAAUACAGAAAACCUCACAAAAUGCUUGCAAAGCUUGAAGUACAUGUACCAUGAUCUAAGAAUUAAAAAUAUUACAUGCCCAAACGAACCAGAAUUCAGAUCUUAUAUCGUCCUUUUAAAUUUAAAUGAUGCCAACUUCCUUUGGGAAGUUAAACAAUUACCAGAGCAAAUACGAAAAUCUAGACAAAUAAGAGAAGCCAUUAAUUUCUACUUGGCCGUCGAAAACAAUAAUUUUGUCAAAUUUUUUAAGAUGAUAAGAAACACAUCUUAUAUGAACUCAUGUUUACUAUUGCGUUAUUUUAAUCAAGUACGAAGUUCUGCUAUUAGAACAAUUAUAAAGGCCUACACAAGCACCCGACAAAAUAUUAUACAAAUUCCUUUGAAUUAUUUGACUGAUAUCUUAGCGUUCGAGUCUGUAGAUGAUGCACUUAUAUUUUUUGAUCAUUAUAAAAUAGAAUGCGAUUAUGAAAAAGUAACUUUGACAAAGAGUUGGAACUAUAUUCCCGAUAUGCCACCUCAAUUAGAUAGAUGUUUAGAGAUAGUCGAAUCAAAACGCUCCAUUUCAGUUGGGGAAUCAAUAUGCGGUAAACCAUUAGGUUCAACAUUAAUUUUUGAAAAUCAUGAGCCACAUAAUAGCUUCGAUGAAUACGGUUAUUUAAAACAAAAUGCAUGGACAGCUGGUGAUCAAAGCAGCAAUAAAAAACAUUUGGGGGAUUCAAAAAACACAUCUUCCGCUUGCGAUAUUGUCUUUAAAGUACCUAUAAAUUCUCCACCGAUUUCUCCCAAACAGCACCAAAAUCAACAAAUUAAAUCGAUGUUCGGAUUAACACAAAAAAAGAGUCAAAAAAUAUUUCCAGAAGAUGAUAAUAAAAUUUCUCAAUCAACAAAAUCAUCUAUUUUCGAAAGUAAUAAACUGUCACCUGUUUCAUCUGCUGCACCAAUAUUUGGCGCCCAAAAUUCUACAGAAUUCGUUGAUAACACUUCAUCGACUUUCAUUUUCAAUACCUCAACAUUAAAAUCGAAUGAAACUAAAAUGUUUAAGUCACCUGAGAAAAUGAUUGAUUCACCAAUACUUCCAAAGAGUAAGGAAACUCUGCCAUCGAUUUUUGGAAGCAAAACUACCCUAAAAGCUUCUACCCAUGAAAAACAAAGUCAUCCACUCUCUGCUUUAUUUGAAAAAACUGAAAACGAUGGAAGCUUGAUUAAUAAUUUUCAAACCGGACAAAGUAAAAAUCAAAUGAACUCCCAUCCUAAAAUGUUUUCAGCUGUAUUCGAUACUGCAAAACCGUUUAAGUUAAAUAAUGAAACAUUUAAUAAAUUUUCCAAUAUGGCUGAUUACAAUGAAAAUUGUAACUUAACUGCAAAUAACAAUAUUUUUCAAAACCAAGAAUACAAACAAGAUAAUAUGGCCGCUAUAAAUAAGAGAAAUCGAAAGCGUAAGUCUGAAAAUGACGAAUAUGUGUGCCAAGUUCAGACAGUUUUUUUAGAAGAGGAACCUCCUUUGAGUCCAGUAUUCCAACCAGAAAAAUUGUUCAAAAGGGUUGAACAAGAAGAAAGAAACGAUAUUAAAGAAAUUGUAACUAAAGAAGACGAUAGUAAAAGAAAUAUUAUAUUAGAAGAACAGAAGCUUAAAAAAGAGGAGGAAAAACGAAUUUUAGCUCAAAAGCAAGCAAUGAUUGAAAAACACUCGGAAAAUAUUCUUUACCAUAUAUUGGGAGAAGUUCUAGAAAGUUUUGUUCGGUCUAUUAUCGAAAAUGUUUUAUUGGAUUUAAAUAAGAACAAAGUUGUUGAGCUAACUGCUACAAAAAUUCUAGAAGAUAUUUGUAAUGAAAUUAUAAAUGAAUAUCUAGAAGAAGAAGUUUCAUUUGAAUUGAAACACUUUUCUAAAAACCAAAUGCUGCUUCGAAAAUAUUUUGUAAAAUGGCGUAAUUCCACCGUUAAAUCCAUUGAAAGAAGAAAUUUGAUUCAAAAAGCACAAAAUUGGGCAAUGCCAGAAAACAUGGAAACAGUUGCGAAUAAACUGGCGCAUCCCACUCAAAAAUUAAAUCUCGAAAUGAUAUACCGAUAUCGACUUGGAAUUUCAAAAGUAUUUGAUCUCUCGUAUGGUGACGGAGUAAGAAAAAUAAACGUGAUUUCUACUUUUACAAAGGAAUUAGAAAAAGGUAGUCCAGUAGACAAAAUUUACGGUAGAGUGAAAUCUAGAAAAUAUUUCAAAAUAGUGAUAUCUAUACCGAAUGAUACUGAUGAAAUCAAAGGUUUUAGUUCACACGUUACUUCCUUUCUAAACAAAUCAAUUGAAAGAUCAAAGCCACCAGAUCCCAAAAAAGGAUUUUUAUGUGAAGCCCAUGGGAACAUCGCAAUGUGUGUUCAAAUCAUUUACGGACAACCAGAAUUUAAGACAAUAACAAAAUGUGACCAUUUAAAUGGUCUAAUAUUUUUUCUGACAUUGGAAAAUUUAUCGUGCUCACGGAAAAGACUGUUUAACUUAUUCAAGAAUGCGAAAAUUAAUGCAAGCGUACCAAUAUCACUCCUAGUGUACAAAAAUUUAAAAAAUUGCACCGAUUAUGAAAUAGAAGAUAUUUUAGCUUUAGAUGAACUACAGAAACUUGAAAAAAUUUCAAAUUUUAAAACUUUUAAAUUUGAUGAUUACAAUAUUAUCAAUGCUUUAACAGAAGGUAUAAAAUACUUAGCGAAAAAUAUGAAUCAUCAAAAUGAUUUGGAAAUGCAAAAAUUUACAUCUUUCUUGCAAGCAACAAUUGGCGAUGAGAUUUGGAAACGUUUUUAUGAUUCUUGGUUGAUUAAUCCUACAUUUCAAUUAUAUUGCAAUAAACCUGAAAAUGUAAUUAGGUUAUAUAACACAGCUAUAGAUAAAUUAAUAAACUUGUUUAAAGAAGACUUGAGUGCUUAUGCAGAACUACCGCGAGAGCUAGUUGAGUUUGUUCCAAAUAUUGUUGCAGAUAUUCCAAAAGAAGUUGAGUAUUUUCCAAACAAUUGGCGGGAAGAUAAGAGAAAUAUAAAAUUUAUAACUUUUCUACAAAAACUUAAAUUAAAAGAGAUUAAAGAAACAUGGCCAACUGAUAUUAAAGAACUGGAAAUUAAAAUUUUGAAUUAUGCGAAAGAAUGUCUUGCAAUUUCAAAACCGUCGAUCGAAAUGGCCGGGUAUAGUUCCAUUAAAGCUCUACUUGAAGAGCUUAAUAAUCCUGAAGUAAUAAACAUAGAAUUAGAACAACGUUACAAACAAUUAUCAUGGUUGGAAGUUAUUAGACCAAUCGCCUUAAAAUUACUAUCACAAGUGUGGAAAACGUUGCAAAAUUUAGUCCCAAUCGAGGUUAUAUAUAGAAAGGAUAAAUAUCACAAUUUUACUAAAUUACCAUGGUGGCUUACAGAUUUACAUUUAAAACAAUUAAAAGUGGAUUUAGGAAAUGACGAUUGGCCAAAGCAUGAGGAACUAAAUGAGAAAUUACUUUCGUUCAGAGAAACACAUAGCAAAAAUGAAAACAUAGAUGAUAUAUUAGACAGAGGGUAUCAGCUCAUUGAAAAAGCUACACAAAAUAUUCAUAAAUAUCAGAGUUAUUUGAAUUCUACCAGAGAAAUUUCUAAGGACUUAGAUUUUUCUUUACAUAAGAUCGAAUCAGAAAAAUUAAAAUCAUUUCCAAAUUUAAAAGAUAGAACUUUAAAAAUUGAAGAUUUCAGUAAAAAAUUUGAAUCACACAAAAAUUUGGAAAUUGAUGAAGUGCAGACAACUAUUGAUAAAGCGUUAUCAGUAAUCAAAAAAUUCGAAACAGCUAUGGAUUCUAAGAGAAAGUUUAGUUGAAAAAAUAGUUUAGUAUUUGAAUAAUUUCCAACUCUUUGCAUCUUAAUAUUUUCUUUGAAGUAACAAAUAAAAGUUUAUCAAAAUUAAAAAUGUAAUUAGUUUAAACAUAUUUCUUGGUG